AUGGGCCAGAAAAGAGACGCGGACGAGAAUUUAAAGAGCUGGGAGCAGUUGAUGUCGGAGCUCGUUCUGGACGUGCAAGAAUCCGGCGAGGAAGUCGAGUCAGUGGACCAAUCGAAGGCGAACAUAAGCGAGAGCUUCGCGAGGAUAAAAGAACAUUACGACAAAUGGGCGACGAGGGGUAUCCCCGAGAUUGGCGUUUACGCGAGCGCCUGCAAGGCCAAGGAGAGGAUCUUCGACGCCGAUGAAAUAAGCGAGGCGAUCGCGGUGAUGGACCGAGCGAACGAGUUGGCCACCGGUGGUCAGCGGCUUCGGGCGCCCCAAAUACUCUCGGUCCUCAUCUUUAUCAACACGGCCGUCUCUUAUCGGGGGAAGCUCUGCCAGAUCGAGAGUGGCGAAGGUAAGACGGUAAUAGUCUCGCUCCUCGCUACAAUAAUGAUCCUGCAGGGUGAGAAAACGAUCGAUGUCAUAACGAGCAACGGCCUUCUCGCGCAAGAUGGCGUAAACAGUAGAAAGUCAUUUUACUCGAUAUUCAACAUAAGCGUCGAUACGAAUAGAACGGACAAAAGCUAUGCCCAGGGCUCGAGGAAGUGCUACCAGGCCGACAUAGUCUACGGGAGCAUAAGCGACUUUCAAUUUGAUUAUUUAAGGGACACGGCGGAGGGCUUGGGGACGAUGAGCGGACGUCAAUUCGGUCGCGUCAUACUCGACGAAGUGGACAACAUGUUGGUGGACAAUGGCCGACACAUAGCGAAAAUAUCCACCCCCUUUCCCGGCAUGGAGAAUCUCAAAUACAUUUACCUGAGAAUCUGGAGCGAAUUGUUGAUCGUCGAGUCGGAACUAAUGGACGAUUUCCAAGAGAGGCUGAAGGAAUUUUCAGUUUAUGAUAAUUCCAAGGAGAUGGCCGUUCGGGAAUUCGUCAAGAUUUUCGACGCGUCGAUGAUCGGCCGCAUGGAGGAGCGAAUGAAGGAAAACUUGAAGGACUUGAGCAUGAAAUUCGUGCCGAGCCACUGUCUACGAUACGCCGAGGGCAUGAUCCCCAAGUGGAUCGGGAACGCGAUUCGGGCCCGCUACUUCAUCCACGAGAACGAGCAGUACUCGGUGAAGGAGGUGGAGGGGCAGCUGGUGAUCGUCCCCGUCGACUAUAGCAACACGGGCGUCACCCUGAAAAACACCGUCUGGUCCUACGGGCUUCAUCAAUUCGUCCAGAUGAAGCACAACCUGCGGCUCACACCCGAGAGCCUCACCAGCAGUUGCGUCUCAAAUUACGCCUACAUUGGCAAGUACGGGAACAAGAUAUUUGGGCUGACGGGGACACUGGGCUCGAAGGCCGAGCAGGAGCUCCUCUCCUCGAUCUACAACAUCGAUUACGCCCGGGUACCGAGCUACAAGGUCAAGCUGUUCCGAGAGUACGAGGGGAUCGUCGUGCCGGACGAUGACUGGAGCAUCGAAGUCGUCCUGACGACUAUUGGACUGAUUCGCAGUACCGGACGAGCGGUUCUGAUAAUUUGUAAGACGAUAGCCGAUCUCCUGCAACUCGAGGAGCUAUUCGAUUCGACGAAGGAUCUGCCCUGGGACUGCAAGAUCCGGCUAAAAAAGUUCCAAGACGAGGACAUGGCGGCCGUGACGCAGGAGAUCGUAGCUCCCGGAGAUGUGAUCGUGGCGACGAAUAUAGCCGGUCGCGGUGCCGACUUCAAGACCUCGUCCGAGCUCGAGGAGAUGGGCGGCCUCCACGUAUGCGUCGGCUUCUGUCCGGAUAACGAGAGAGUCAAGGAUCAGGCGUACUUCCGCACCUCGAGGCAGGGAAAUCGCGGCUCGGCUCAGCUCCUCGUCCGCGAGAGCGAAAUAAAAAAGCUCAACAUCGACACGACGAAUCCCGAGGCAAUUGACUUUGGCGAAAUCAAUCGGAGAAUCGACAUAAUGGAGGUGGAGAGGCUAAGCGACAUCAAGAGGUCCAAGGUUGACGUGCUGAGGUACGAAGACGCUCUUUUCGCGCUUUUCUCCGAUCUUUGUCAAGAAUUGAAGAACAAUAAUGUGAUAACCUGGGGCCACUCGUACUUGAUGAAGGAUCUUAAGGAGUUCUGGGCCUUCUGGCUGGAGAAUCAGAAUUUCGAGGGAAAGAAAUUUUCAAUGAAAGAGGCCAGUUUUGUAUUCUACAAAUUUAAGAAUCACGAGCUGACGAGAAAAAUAAUCGAUGGAGCGAUAUCCCACAAUCCAUUUUAUGGUGUUUUGCAAGCCGAUUUUUUCCUUAAAAAUGACGAAAUGGAGAAAGCAAAGGCCGCCCUGGUCAACGCCAUCUGUUUGAGUAAAAAUGCUAAUGUUAUGUACCCAGCAUUUAUCACGCUUUUUGACUCGACCAUCGAAGAGAAAGGCCCCUUACUAUCCAAAUUCCGAAGCUUUCUAUACAAAGUCUUCACGAGCGAGUCCCACGUGGGUGAGAAGUGGAGCAAAUACACUUCCGAGAUACUGGAAUAUUUGACGAUUGCCCAUACGGGACUGACUCAGGAGAUCAAUUAUUUAGAGAGUCAUUACUUCAAUGAUGAUUAUAAUGAGGACUUUAAGCGCUUAAUAACGUCGUCGGCAAAUCAGAAGGAGAAUUUACUGGUUAAGCAUUUGAUAGCUAAGCUUACUUGCUUGAAAGUUCAUCGCGGUAAUGUGGAUGCGUUGCUGGAGUAUCUGGAGGCCGCCGAGGCACAAAGCUUAAUCAUUAGCAAGCGAAUGUCUGAUUAUUUGAAAAAUUUCAAGCCCGAGACGAAAGAGGAGAAGCAAACAAAGAAUUUGCUGACGGAUCCCGAAGUUACGGAAUUAGGUGCUAAGGGGCUGAAAACGAUCUACAGCCUGAAGAAAAUAGCUAUCGUGCCGGAUUCGACAUUGGCAAAGGCGAAAACGCAGAUACUCGGAGCACUGACGCUCAUGGCCCGAGCAACCGCCUUUCCGCCCUUGAAUUUCGUCGUGGCAAACGUCGCCGGUGUAUUGGUGGCCGAAGCCGUCGCUUCGAUAGUCCUCGCUUUUUUCAAAGAGACCAAUAACAUCGACGAUCUGCUCGAGAAGACCGAGUACCUGAAAGGUAACACUUACCGAAAGAUCACCCUAGAUGUCUUUAGAGUCGACAAUUACCCCAACGGUCCUAAAGCUUAA